AUGUCCUACGAACACGAGGAACCGCUUAUAGUCGACCCGACUGCGGUCUCCAGCACAGCCUCCCAGCAGCACCAGCAAGAGCAGGAAAUGCUUUCGUCCUACUCGGUUCCAAAACCCCCUGUAUCCACACAGCAAUCCACCGUGGCCACCGAUACAGAGACUGAGCCCAAUGCUGCUCCCCAGGAACAGCCUCGUACGCUCUGGAUGGGUGACUUGGACACGUGGCUUGACGAGGCCGCCAUAGUCGACUUGUGGUGGCAGAUAUUACGCAAGAAGGUGCAUGUCAAGGUGAUCAAGCCCAAGAACCCGAAGCCCGAGUCUCCCUACAUGGGGUUGACCCACCUGGGCUACUGCUUUGUGGAGUUUGAAACCUACGACGACGCCCAGCAGGCAUUGGCUCUCAAUGGGCAAUUGCUUCCGGAUAUCGCCAUGCCUUCGCAACGCCAUUUUCCUAACAACCCGGACAAUCAGAAGAAGUACUUCCGGUUGAACUGGGCCUCGGGUGCCACGCUUCUGGCUCCGAUCGUGCACUCGCCCGAAUACUCCUUGUUUGUGGGCGACUUGAGCGCCUCUACCACCGAGGCACACCUUCUUCUGUUCUUCCAAAAACUGUUUCCUAACUCCAUCAAGACCGUCAGGGUCAUGACCGACCCGGUUUCCGGCAAGUCCCGAUGCUUUGGGUUUGUCCGUUUUACCGACGAUUCCGAACGCAGAAGGGCCCUUGUAGAAAUGAACGGCGCCUGGUUUGGCGGCAGACCUUUGAGAGUGGCCUUGGCUACACCUCGAAAUGCAUCCUCGUCUAGAUCGCCCAAGUCCGAUUUCAGAGGCAACGAUAUGGCUGCUCCUGGUCCCUACAUGGACCAGCUGCAAGAGUACAUGUACAUGCCGCCAGGAGCUAACGCUCCCGUUCAUGGCGGCCACCCAGGUGGUCCAGGUUCUUCUUACUACUAUACGCUGCCGAUGAUGGGCGAUAAGGCCAACGAAAUGGGAUACAUGCCUCAGGGAAUCCCACAGAGCAUCCCGCCUCAGGGCCAACCGUACCUGGAUCCAACCAACACGACUGUUUUCGUUGGAGGUCUCUCUUCUGACGUGAGCGAGCAGACGCUUCUUACGCUUUUCAUGCCCUUUGGUGUCAUCCAGCAAAUCAAAAUACCCCCAGGCAAGAAUUGCGGUUUCCUUAAAUAUUCCACUCGCGAGGAAGCCGAGGACGCUAUUCUGUCGAUGGAAGGUUUUAUUAUUGGUGGUAAUCGUGUGCGUCUAGGCUGGGGCCGGGUUUCAGCCAACAACAAGAAGUACCACCAGCAAAGACAGCAAUUUGCUCAUGUGGCACAGAUGCAAGCUGCCGCUGCCAUGUCAAUGGGCAUGGAUCCAGCUUCCGCUUAUGCUGCUGCCGCCGCUGCUGCUGCCGGAUAUCCACCUCAGAAUGCUGUUCCUGGCGGUCUGCCUGGCUAUCCUCCAGUGCCUAUGGGGAUCCCACAGAUGCAUCCAAUGGGAGGCCCAGCUUAUGGAGCACCAGAACACGGUCACAAUAGCGGCGAGCCUUACUCACCUACGGCAACUGCUCAAGAGGACCUUCAACCCGAGUCUGCAGAGCAGCCUGGCUUCAUCAACCCGGACAAUUUGGCAUCGACGUUUGACAAACUCAAAAUAGACCCGUCUGCUGCCCCCAACACGCCGCCUCCCACUGCCGAGAGCAAGGCUGAGAAGGCUGAGAAGAAGGCCUAA